GUUCCACAUGACCCUAUAUGCAGGGUGCUGCAGCAUAAACUAAGAAACUGCGUCAUAUUCUCCCUCUUUCCCCGAAGUCGCCCAGCGGAGACGCGUCGCCCGUCAGUCCGUCCGGCCGAGUCUGAGGUUGGGGAAUAAAACGCAAAAUGGUGAACUUCACUGUAGACCAGAUCCGGGCAAUCAUGGACAAGAAGUCCAAUAUCAGGAACAUGUCUGUGAUUGCCCACGUAGACCAUGGAAAAUCUACGCUGACUGACUCGUUGGUCUGCAAGGCAGGCAUCAUUGCCUCGGCACGGGCUGGGGAAACCAGGUUCACAGAUACACGGAAAGAUGAGCAAGAGAGAUGUAUCACCAUAAAAUCAACCGCUAUUUCGUUGUAUUACGAGCUUCAGGAGAAUGACCUGGCCUUCAUUAAACAGUGCAAGGAUGGCUCUGGUUUCCUGAUAAACCUCAUUGAUUCCCCUGGUCAUGUCGAUUUCUCUUCUGAAGUGACAGCCGCACUCAGAGUUACUGAUGGUGCACUUGUAGUUGUCGACUGUGUUUCAGGUGUCUGUGUACAGACAGAGACCGUGCUCAGGCAAGCCAUCGCAGAGCGGAUAAAACCAGUUCUUAUGAUGAACAAGAUGGACAGGGCUCUGCUGGAGCUGCAGCUUGAAACAGAUGAGCUCUAUCAAACGUUCCAGCGUAUUGUGGAGAACGUCAACGUCAUCAUCUCGACCUAUGGAGAGGGAGAGCAUGGGCCAAUGGGCAACAUUAUGGUCGACCCAGUUGUUGGAACGGUAGGAUUUGGGUCAGGUCUCCAUGGUUGGGCUUUCACGCUGAAGCAGUUUGCUGAGAUGUAUGUGGCCAAAUUUACUGCCAAGGGGGACAAGAAGGCAGAGAUGUCACUAGCAGACCGUGCCAAGAAAGUAGAAGACAUGAUGAAGAAGCUCUGGGGAGACAAGUACUUUGACCCUGAAGUUGGAAAAUUCAGCAAAACAGCAACUAAUGCAGAGGGCAAGAAGCUUCCAAGAACUUUCUGCCAACUCGUCUUGGAUCCUAUAUUUAAAGUUUUUGAUGCCAUCAUGAAUUUCAAGAAGGAGGAGACCCAGAAACUGACUGAGAAACUCGACGUGAAGUUAGACGCAGAAGACAAGGAAAAGGAGGGGAAGCCGCUGCUCAAGGCAGUCAUGCGGCGAUGGCUACCAGCAGGGGACGCCCUUCUUCAGAUGAUAACCAUCCACCUGCCGUCGCCUGUCACCGCUCAGCGGUAUCGCUGCGAGCUGCUGUACGAGGGCCCGGGAGACGACGAGUCGGCCAUGGGUAUAAAGAACUGUGAUGCCAAGGCUCCACUUAUGAUGUACAUCUCCAAAAUGGUGCCCACCUCGGACAAGGGCCGAUUCUAUGCUUUCGGCCGGGUCUUCUCAGGCACGGUAGCCACCGGCCAGAAGGUCCGCAUCAUGGGACCCAACUACACACCUGGAAAGAAGGAGGACCUGUACUUGAAGCCCAUUCAAAGGACCAUCCUGAUGAUGGGCCGGUAUGUGGAGCCUAUUGAGGAUGUGCCCUGUGGCAACAUCGUGGGCCUGGUGGGCGUGGACCAGUUUCUGGUAAAGACGGGCACCAUCACCACGUUUGAAAAUGCCCACAACAUGCGAGUGAUGAAGUUCAGCGUCAGCCCCGUGGUGCGCGUCGCCGUGGAGGCGAAGAACCCCGCUGAUCUGCCCAAACUGGUGGAGGGGCUCAAGCGACUAGCCAAGUCUGACCCCAUGGUACAGUGCAUCAUUGAAGAAUCAGGCGAACACAUCGUGGCGGGUGCUGGGGAACUGCAUCUGGAGAUUUGCCUGAAAGACCUGGAGGAGGACCAUGCCUGCAUCCCGCUGAAAAAAUCGGAUCCCGUGGUCUCCUACCGCGAGACGGUGAGCGACGACUCCGACCAAGUCUGCCUGUCCAAGUCCCCCAACAAGCACAACCGACUGUACAUGAAAGCGCGGCCCUUCCCGGACGGCCUGGCGGAGGACAUCGACAAGGGGGAUGUUAGCGCGCGACAGGAGCUCAAGCAGCGCGCUCGCUACUUGGCCGAGAAGUACGAAUGGGAGGUGACCGAGGCUCGCAAGAUUUGGUGCUUUGGGCCUGAUGGAAGUGGACCUAACAUCCUAGUGGAUAUCACCAAGGGGGUCCAGUACCUGAAUGAAAUUAAAGACAGCGUCGUGGCUGGCUUCCAGUGGGCAACCAAAGAGGGUGUCCUGUGCGAGGAGAACAUGAGGGGCGUGCGCUUCGACAUCCACGACGUCACGCUUCAUGCCGACGCCAUCCACAGAGGCGGGGGCCAGAUCAUCCCCACGACACGGCGAGUGCUUUAUGCCUCUGUACUCACAGCCAAGCCCAAGAUCAUGGAGCCCAUCUACCUGGUGGAGAUACAGUGUCCGGAGCACGUCGUCGGAGGGAUCUACGGUGUCCUGAACAGGAAACGAGGCCACGUUUUUGAGGAGUCCCAAGUGGCAGGAACACCUAUAUUCGUGGUGAAGGCCUAUCUUCCGGUAAACGAAUCCUUUGGCUUCACAGCAGACUUGCGGUCCAACACUGGGGGUCAGGCUUUCCCGCAGUGCGUGUUCGACCACUGGCAGAUCCUCCCGGGCGACCCAUAUGACGAGAACAGCCGACCGAGCCAGGUGGUGGCGGAAACCCGUAAGCGCAAGGGUCUGAAGGAGGGCAUCCCAGCUCUCGACAACUUCCUGGACAAGCUGUGAUCGACAGGACGACCCGCUAUGUCCACCAUGCCGCUACAUCACGAAAAAACCCCAGGAAACCCAGAUAGGAACAGAGUAAAUGUCCAAUCAGAAAUUGUAAAAAGGGGGCUUUCAACUCAUGUCAUUUAAUCAUCUUAUGAUUAAAUAUAAAAGCAAACUUAUUUUCUGUGAUUGACCAUUGCUGCAUUAUCCUGUAUUAACAGUGUAAGUUUGCUGUUUGACAUAUGUCAAACUUAUCAGUAGGUACUGUAAAUACAAAUACUUGUCAAACUG